AUGCUGGUGGGACUCGGCUGGCGUGUUACUGGCUACGGCCAGACCGCAGACACCCGCACAAUGGCAGUCACCAGCAGCGACGACGAGGGUGUGAAGUUUGUCAUCACAGCUCACAAGGACAAGAGCAUGUCCGACUUCGCUUCAGCGGAUGGCCAUCCUGCAGCAAAGAGGCAGAAGUCGGAGAAGGAGACUUUGGACCACUUGGACGCCGGUCACUUGGAGCGAUUCUCCCAGCAUCAGGCUGGGAGGCAGGGCGUGGCUGUUCUCGGCUUCCAGGUGAAGCCAGGUCAGCUUGAUGGCAUUGUGUCCAAGUAUGCGGAGAAGCAUCCGAAACUCCUCCCUGAGGGAAUGCCCAAGGAAUAUCCUGGCGUCCGAAUUCUGGAGGUUUUCGCGUACUACAAAGGCGAGAAGGGCAUGAGUGACCCAGACUGCGGCACCAUGCUGCGCUUUGUUGAAAGCUCGGAUCAGAGUUCUGCCCACUGGGUGUUACCUGGCAUUGACAGAGUUCCAGCCACUUUUGACCCUACUGGCUUGGCCGCCUACUGCGACCACUGGGUUAGCAAUGUCGUGAGCCGACGGGGCUUCCUGGACACCUUGGAGGACACCUUGGGCUUCAGUCCGAAGGUAGACUUCAAUGCUGGGGUGGUCGCAGCCGGCGAAGCUCAGAUCGAAUCCACAGUUACCGGGAACGAGCCGGGGACUUUCAUCGCCAAUGAACAAGUGGCGCUGAAGGACCAGAGCCAGGUAUACCUGCCGAUCAACAACGCCCUCUCUGAGGUGGGCCAUGUCCAUCUUUACCUCCAAGAAAUCGGCCAGGGUGUUCAGCACAUCGCAUCACGGGUGAAGGACCUCCCCGCCUUAGUUCAGAGGGCCAAUGACUGGCGCCGCAUGACAGGAGCGGGCGUGUCCUUCUUGUCUAUCCCGCGGUCUUACUACGGAAGCCUGACAACUAAGUACUUACACAAAGUUGCCGGCUUGGAUGAUGACAUGGCCCAGAAGGUUGUGGCCUCGCUCCAAGCUGCUGGUGUGGUGGACGCCAACGACAUAGUGGACCUUGAUGUCUCCAAGGAAAAGAUCGCAGCUGCCCUGCCAGAAGGCACCGACGAGGCUGUGGUCAGUCACGUUCUGCGGGCCCGGUAUGGCAACCUAUACGCACUCUUGCGGGACAACAUUGGCGAGGAGACAUACCUCCGCAUUGUCAGGAACAACGUCCUGGUCGAUGUUCAGGGAGAAGACCUACUGAUGCAGAUCUUCACCUCCAGCAUUCUGCAGAGAGCCCCAGGUGAGGAGGCACCUUUCCUUGAGUUCAUCCAGCGUGUAUGCUCCGACCGCAAGGAUCCAGUCAGUGGAGAGCCACGACCCAUCAAAGCUGGUUGUGGUGGCUUCGGGAUCCGCAACUUCCUCACACUCUUCCUUUCCAUUGAGGUUUCCAAGGCAACAAAAGCGAGAGCCGAAGCCGAAGCAGCUGGCAACCCUGGUCUGGCGAGAUACUAUGCGAGCAUGGUGGAUUCUUUCACCUCGCAACUGGAUGAGUCCAACCCCGUGCUGACAGCCAUCUCAGACGCGAUGACCGCGGAGGGUGAAGCUCUGGAGGCGGGCAACGGCGCUGAUGCCGCAAAGUGGAGUGCAGAAAAGGCGCGGGGACAGCAGAAGCUGCAGGAGAUCAGCAGCAAGUACAAAGAGCACAUGCGAAGCCUCCGGGAGAAAGCGCCCGUGGGUGCAUAG